CAUGCUCUGACAUGAGAGGCAGUCGUAGUGAGUUGUGAGUUCAGUCUUUGUUCUUCAAAGGACAGUUUUCAAAGAGGCAUUGAAAUAAAAGAAGCAUAUAUCUGCUUUGCAAUUAACAAUUUUUCAUUUUCAAGAGAGGAAAUUAAUGAUAAAUUCAGAAGAAUCUGAUUGAACAAUUGUAAAUCCCUAAGGUGGUAGUCUUGGAGUUGCCCAUAUUCCUUUGUCUUCUUUGAACAUGCCAAUUCUCACACUGCUUCAUAGGAUUCUUUCACAAAGAAACAAUGAAUAUAUAUUAUCAGAACCAGCUUUCUUUUCUAUUUCAUCAUGUUCAUAAUCCAGAGAUUAUAUAUCCAUGUCUAGAUUUUGCAUUCAAUGAAAGGUGAGCCUAAAGGUUAAAUUGUUCACCUUGUGACAGAAGCACUCAACAACAAAGCAGGUUACUAAAUAAUAAUGGCGCUUGAAGGGGCAGAAGCAAAAUGGCGUGGAUCUGUAGGAGGCAUAGUUGAUGCACCUAUAGACAAAGUCUGGACUAUAGUCUCUGAAACUAAAAGACUACCAGAAUGGAUGCCAAUGGUUGAAAGGUGCAAUGACUUAGAAGGAGAUGAAGGAGUUCCAGGCUAUGUUCGGUUAGUCUCUGGCUUCAUGUUCCCUCAACAAGAUGGUGAAAGAUCAUGGAUUAAGGAGAGGUUGGUUUCUAUGGACUUCACAUCCCAUAGCUACGCUUACAAAAUGGAAGCAAGCAAUGUAGGCUUAGAUGGAUCCGUAAAUACAUUAAGACUUGUGGAUUAUGGGGAUGAUUCCACACUAGUUAACUGGUCAUUUGAGAUUAACCCUUUAGAAGGUGCAUCUGAGGACAAUCUUAUGGACUAUCUGGGAUUUCUGUAUAAAUCCUGCAUUAAUAGGAUUGAGGGAGCCAUAGAAGCUGCAUCAAAGAAGUUUGAAUAGCAUGGCUAUAUGCCUUAUUGUGUUACGCUAUUUACACGCAUAUUUGACAUUUCAGUUAAAACUACAAUCAAGAAAAGCACACUCACAUAUAUAAAUAUGUUUUCCAAGGAA